AUGACUUCCAUCCUACUACUGAGUAGGGAAAAUAAUGCGAAAGCUUUCCUUAUCGCUCGCUCAGAAGUCCAUUUCGACAAACUCAUCCUGACUACUCACAUCCGCACCACUGACGUCUAUCAAUGCCAACAAGAUACAUUGAUUGUCUGGAUGAAACUGGAUGGUGCAGAUUAUGCCUUGAGCUUCCAGGACGCAGAAGGGUGUGUAGAGGUGUGGAAUUUCAUCAUUGAGGUCCAGCGUCACAUGAAUGUUGUUGGAGAAAGUAGUGUUGGGGGUAGUGUUGCCACAGUUCCAGCUUAUUCCGGCUUUAGCCAUGGGUGCAGCCAUAUUAAGCCAGACCAUGUACCUAGUUGUGGCUUAUGUAAUUAG